UCGGACCCCAAAGAUCCAACUUCUCCUCUUUCGGGGGACCAAUUCACGCACAGACAGCCCACACACCACACAGACAUUGUAGAGAGACGGACUGACUGCACUCAAUAUUCAACGGCAUUGUCGUAACGUUUCUCCAAUCGCAUUCUCCAAUACCGUUAUUAGGUUAGGAGAGCUGGAUCCGAACCAAGAACCGGCGGUCCAGUCCAUCAAGGCACCUGCCACCGCUGGUAACGGCCAGAUCCGGUACCGAUCACCUUCCUCCGCCGAACUCCUCGAUACAGGUCAGCAAACAUCCACCUCUCCUCCUCACCCCGACCACCACUACCACCACUCCCCUGACGACAAGAUGCUCAAACGUCCUCCUCGCCAUGAGUCUUUAUCUGACAAAAUCUACCGUUAUCGAAGCGUUUUGCUUCUCAUAUCUGUUCCUCUUUUGCUUGUCGUCUUCGUAUUAUUUCUUAUGCCCGGCAAGACCACUGAUUCAGUCAUCGAGGAAGUCAUUAACAACCGAAAAGUGUCGCCCAAGGCGGGGUCUCCCUGGAGUUAUGCCGUUAUUUUUGAUGCCGGAAGUUCGGGGAGUCGGGUUCACGUCUUUUGCUUUGAUAGCAAUAUGGAUCUCGUCCCCGUUGGCAAGGAUCUCGAGCUUUUCCUUCAGAUUAAACCGGGUUUAAGUGCAUACCCCAAGGAUCCACAGGCUGCUGCAAUGUCUCUUGUUUCCCUGCUCGAUAGAGCAGAAAGUGUUGUGCCCAAAGAGUUUCGCUCCAAGACACCAGUUAGAGUUGGGGCGACUGCAGGGUUGAGGGCAUUGGAAGGUGAUUCAUCUGAUAGAAUUUUGCAAGCGGUUAGGGAUCUUCUGAAAGAUAGAAGCUCCUUCAAAUCUGAUGCAAAUUCAGUUACCGUUCUGGACGGGAGUCAAGAAGGUUCUUAUCUGUGGGUGACUAUAAACUCUCUCUUAGGGAAUGUAGGGAGGAAGUAUUCAGAUACAGUUGGAGUAGUUGAUCUUGGGGGGGGAUCUGUUCAAAUGGCAUAUGCUAUCUCUGAGGAGGAUGCUGCCAAGGCUCCAAGGAUAUUGGAUGGGGAGGAUACAUAUGUAAAGAAAAUGUAUCUUAAGGGAAGAAAUUAUUACCUCUAUGUUCACAGUUACCUGCACUAUGGCUUAUUAGCGGCGCGAGCAGAGAUCUUGAAGCUUUCUGAAGAGUCUGGCAAUCCGUGCAUCUUGGUUGAUUAUGAUGGAUCUUACAAAUAUGGAGGAAAGUCUUAUAAAGCAUUAGCUGCUUCAUCUGGCUCCAAUGUGGAUGGAUGUAGGAGUUUAGCCGUAAAGGCUCUCAGAGUCAAUGAUACAGUCUGCACACACAUGAAAUGCACAUUCGGUGGGAUCUGGAAUGGUGGAGGGGGUGAUGGACAGAAGCAUCUAUUUGUUGCUUCAUUCUUCUUUGACAGGGCUGCAGAGGCUGGUUUUAUCGAGAACACCAAACCUGUUGCCAAAGUUCGUCCUGCGAAUUUUGAAGAGGCAGCUAAGCUUGCUUGCCAAACUAAACUUGACAAUGCGAAGUCCACUUAUCCCCUUGUGGAAGUCGAUAACCUGCCAUACUUGUGCAUGGAUCUUGUUUACCAGUAUACAUUGCUUGUAGAUGGAUUUGGUCUCGAUCCGUGGCAAGAAAUUACGUUAGUGAAGAAAGUUAAAUAUCAAAAUUUCCUUGCAGAAGCAGCUUGGCCUCUAGGCAGUGCCAUAGAGGCUGUGUCCUCGUGAACAUGAAAUUUAAUCAGCUUGAAUCUCCACCUAUUGAAGAUUUCAAUGACAUGCCAUUCAUUAGCAUCGACAAUCUUCGUAGGGAAGAAGAAUCCACGUAUAAAGACCAUUUCAGUAGUAAGAGUUGGAUAUUGGGAAUAAUGGGUAGAAAUGAUUUUUUGUUCUUUAUUUGUCAUCAGAUUACAAGUUAUUCUGAUUUGUAGUUACCAGUGUGAUUGAAUUGAAUUAGUUCAUUUUGUUUUUUACCUUACUGAAAGAAGAUAUCCAUUUUUGUG